GUCUUAAAAAUAGAAGAUGUUCUAUUGGAUCCCAGUUCGAUAAUGGUCAAGGUGACAUGCUUUCCUGUAUUAUUAGCACCAGCCUUUGUAUAAAUUCAACUUUCUCCAGCAAAUUUCCUUGGAGUCCUUGUAUCUAUAGUCAAGAUAUUCUUUUCUUUUUAUUUAUUUAUUGUCAAAUUGCAAAGAAGAGUUGAACACAAGGGUUUGUCUCUCGUGAAUAUAGAGAUCCCACAACAUUGCCAUGAUUGCUAAAAAAACCCCUAACAGCUCAAUCCACCAUUAAAUAACGAGUAAAAAAAAAACAGAGGUCCCUUGGGCCUUAACUUACUUUUCAUGAUCAAACUAACAUUUUCAAAGUAGCCGUUGCACCUCCUUCUUAUACCAUUUAAAUACUCUCUCACCAAAUACUUUUGCUUUCCAUCAAGAAAUCCGUGCCCCUCUACGCUCCUGUCUCUCUCUCUCUCUCUCUCUCUCUCAAGACAAAGAAACACCCUUCUUCAGACCAAGAAACAAGAUUCAAGACUGGUUUGUCAUUUAUGGUCAGUGCUCCAAUGGAUCUUUUUGUGUCAGAAAUCACCACUCCUUCAACCCCAUUACUGUUUGCAGCAGCUACAAGUACCAUUGGCAUGAGUACUAGUAGCAGCAGCAGUAUUUGCAGCAGUGAAGAUAGCCCAGCAACAUCUUUUCGCUUUGAGCUACAAGAUGUGGGGUGUCGUAGUUAUCCAAGCAAAUCUUUAUCUGGGGCUUACUCGUAUAGGCCCCUGGCUGUUUUAUCAGGUCAUGUUGGGUCAGUUUCUUGCUUGGCUUUAUGUGGGGAGUUUAUUUUGAGUGCUUCUCAAGGCAAGGAUAUUAUAGUUUGGCAACAGCCUGAUUUGAGGAUGUUUACAAAGUUUGGUCAAGGUGAUGGUUCUGUGAAGGCAUUAGUGACUGUUGGUAGUAAGGUUUUUACUGCCCAUCAAGAUAGUAGAAUUAGGGUGUGGAAGGUGUCAAGAAGGUCUGAAAAUGUGUUUAGGCUUGUUGAUACAAUGCCUACUACAAAGGAUUAUUUAGGGAAGUUUAUGAAGCAAAGUAAUUAUGUGCAAACUAGGAGGCAUCAUAAGAAGUUAUGGAUUGAACAUGCCGAUAGUAUUUCUUGUCUAACUGUUUAUAAUGGGUUGAUUUAUUCUGGUUCUUGGGAUAAGACUCUUAAGGUUUGGAGGAUAUCAGAUUUGAAGUGUUUGGAGUCAAUUAAGGCUCAUGAUGAUGCUAUAAAUGGAUUGGUGGCCUGUAAAGGGAUAGUUUAUUCAGCAUCUGCAGAUGGGAAAAUUAAGGCUUGGGGGAAAGAGGGAAAGAGUUCACAUUCUUUGAAGGGGAUUUUGGAGGGUCAUAAAGAUGUUUCACUUAAUUCAGUGAUUGUUUCAGAUGAUGGAAAGUGGGUCUAUGGAGGAGCAUCAGAUGGGUUUGUGAUGGGGUGGGAAGGGAGCUAUGAUUUUUUGAGUUGGAAAUUGGUGUCUGAGACAAAAGCACAUCAAAUGGCUGUUUUGUGCAUGUGUUUAAUGGGGGAGUUUUUGUUUAGUGGAUCUGCUGAUAAGAGUAUUAGUAUAUGGAAGAGAGAGGCUUUUGGCAAGCUUUCUAAAAUUGGGGUCAUAAAUGGCCAUGAAGGGCCUGUCAAGUGUCUACAAGCAUCACCUAAUAAUGUUGGUAGCGGGUUCUUGCUUUACAGUGGUGGCCUUGACAAAAGCUUAAGGGUCUGGUGGGUUCCCAAGCAAUCUACGGCACAGAAUACAGAGGAAAAAUCCAUCAGCUUGUGCUCGUAAGAUUUUCAAGGUCAAGUCUUGAAGCACUGAUUCCCAGUAUUUUUUUCAUGUGUUUGCAGUGCUUCUAAAUUGUUUUUAUAGUUGUUGAUUGAUAUUCAAGUGUGAGAAGCUUAGGGAAAAUUGAAACCUUAGAGGAUCAGUUAAAAGAUUUUUUUUUCCUUUUUUUUCCAGAUUUUGAUUUCUUGUUAUGUUGUUCUCGGGGCUUAAAAAGUCUGUGGGAUAUGUUAAGAGUGGUCUGAAUUAAUUAUUUUUUUAUCUUCUUUUUCCUUUGAAUGGGGUCGUAUACAGGUUUUACAUUCUAUCAAUUGAAAUUAGUUUGUUGAAGGAAUCAAUCAAUGAAAUAAUAAAUAUUUAUUUUGUCAUUUA